AUGAUGGGAUUCGCAUCUUUCGCAAUGGUCGUGACCAUUGUCUGCCAGCAGAUACUUGGCGUUGCCUCGACCAGCGCACCAGGAGUCACUGUGUUGUUCGAGAAUGAUGGUAACUGGACUGCCCACGGCUCUCGGCCUAGUGCCUUGUUUGUCAACGUUCCAACCGACCAAGCCACAGCUGAAAACAUCUGUGCUACAUAUAAUGAGACAUUGUUACCCUGCGACUCAUUCAUCGACUUUCAAAACUCAUUCUCUUACCAAAAAUAUCUUGGUGCCAUCUCGUCCGAGCAGCUGUUUUGGUCAUCCUGCUCUAAAGCCACCCCAGUGACCUCUACAGGUUCUGUAGUAGAUGGGUCAUCGGAAAAAAAUUUUGCAUAUCUUUGCACCAACAGUGCACCGCUUGUGGAUAAAGUCGACACUGAUUUCUCUGUCUUCCCCAGAGUAAAUGCAUCCUACAACGGGACAACGUAUGAGGGCUUGCGUGAUCACAUGACGUUCAGGUUUGUAGGUAUACCUUUUGCCGAACCACCGACAGGAAAUCUGCGUUUCAAGAAUGCAGUAGCAUUGAAUACGACUUCGUAUGUGAAUGCUACAAAGUAUAGCCCAGCAUGUUUGCAGUACGGGUAUUUUGAUGGCAACUCUUACGGGCUUAGAAAGCCGGUGAUGGUUUGGUAUUAUGGCGGCGGGGACACGCAGGGCAGUGCUGCCGAUUCAACAUUCGAUGGCGCAUCGCUUACCUCUCGUGCCGACGUGGUUGUAGUGACCAUCAAUUAUCGGCUGAACAUCUUUGGCUCUCUAACCCUUGACGAUGGGGUGAUAAAUGGCAAUCAGAUGCUGACCGAUAAAAUUAUUGGUCUACGUUGGGUAAAGCAAAACAUCGCCGGUUUUGGUGGAAAUCCCGACAACAUAACCAUCUUCGGACAAUCUGCUGGGGGCGGCUCAGUAGUCAAUUUGAUAUCGGCAGCGACGACAUUUGGCGAGAAUCUGUUUCAAAAUGCUAUCAUACAGUCGGCAAAAUCUAACGUUGAAACAGCUGCAUCUGUUGUUGAUGCCGCAUUGCCUUACAUCAAUGCGUUGUGCCCCAACAGCACUGGAGUACAACGUCUGGAAUGCCUGCAAGCUUUMCCAGCCGAUGAAUUGCUGAACGUAACCAACUAUGCAACCGCGUGGUCACCAAGCGUUGAUGGCGUGAAUAUCAUAGACUUUCCUGCCGCACAAUGGGCACUCGGCCCUCAAUACAUCAAUUCCGUGAACGUCUUAUCUGGCAACAUGAUGGAAGAAUGGCAAGCUCUAGCCACGACAACACUCGCACCCAACAUGACAAACUUUACCGAAGCCGUUCUGUACAAUCUCACCAACGAUGGCGCAAUUAGUCAAGAUCAAGCGCAGCUCAUCCUCGAUUCUGGCAUGUGGCUCGUCACUAAUGAGACUGUAACCAAUGGCAGCGUUACAUACAACUCUGUGUACAAUGCAAGCGUGCACAUUGGCACUGAAGCAGCCCUAGUCUGCUCUGGUACCGUACUGUAUCAGAUCGCUGCCGCUUCGCGCGCUUUUAAGAGCCACUGGCAAUAUGCACAUCAACGCGGAUACGCUCUCAGCUACUACGAUUUCUAUGACAAAUGUACCUUUCCCGUGGGAGAGCCGGACACGCCGUACUACCGCUGCCACAGCAGUGACCUAUAUGAAGUAUUUGGCACGUACUACCUUUUUGACCAGCCGAUUCGCGCACCGGAGGACGUCUACUAUACGAAUGCAAUACAGGACAUUUGGGGCUGGUUCGCGAGAACGGGAAGUCCAAUCGUGGAUCCUGCGUAUCUCGAGGCAAGGAAUUAUACUUCGACAGAGACGUUCUUUGAUGGGUUUCAUUGGCCGCAGUUCACGGCCUCGAGUCAGAAGCUUGCAGCGUUUCAGUGGCCAGUGCCUGAGAUCACGCCCCUGUUGUAUCAGGAUCAUUGCGAUUUGCUGGAAAAGUAUCAGACAUAUCCGGGUCUCACAUAUUAA